AUCACCACCGUACGAUGGCAGCACUGUUUCAACACUCGGCCGUGCCGGACUGGCUUCGUGCGAAUCCGUUAUUCGUGGAUCUCCGCUCGCUGCUCGCUCAGGAGACCCGGAUGUGCGCCGCGCAGCCCUAUACGCUACUCAGCAUGGAGCACGGACACGACGCGAGCGCCCUCACCGUAGCGGAGACGAACUACCAGAAGGAGCUGCGGCGGUACGGGCGGCUGAGAUGCGAGCGUGUGACGCAGCUUCAGGAUUUCUACCACACACAGUCGACGGUGCUGCUGAUGCAGAGGAAUAAAGCCAUGCACAACGACCCAAUCAGGCAGCAGCAGAUCCUAACCUACUUCAACUACCGACUGGUACGACUAACCGAUGACGUCACGCUUCGCCUGAGGCGUCUGCGCGAGUCUUACGUCGUCGAAAACCGGAAGUUCCUGUCGGAGAAGGCCGUCAGCGUCAUGACGGAGUGGUACGAGAAGCACAUGAACGAGCCGUACGCAAACAAGGAGCAGAUGAGCGAGCUAGCGAGUCAAGCCGGCAUCACGCUGAAACAGGUCAAAGCGUGGCUGUCGAACAAGCGCAACAGAACGAUGAACACGCGUCCGAAGGUGAUGAAGAGGAAGCUGAGCGAACAGCUGACCGACCUGUGCCAGGAGCUGACCCGCGCAAACAAGAUUCCCCGCGAGGAACUGCCGCGCCACCUGCAGGGCUUAGAACAAAUGAUUCGCUCGACACUCGGUGGAGAGUCAGCGAAGGUGUGAGGCGUAUACGCCCGUAGUGCAGUCAAACAUAUAUAUAUAUAUAUAUAUGGAUCACUUUGGGGAGACCUCGAAAGCGUUCUUUUGUGGACAGGUGUCAGAUCUGUAUCUCCGCUGACAAGUACUGGAGAUUAUUAUCUGGCGUCUACGCGGUCGUGAGUGCGUCGUGAUAAUCGCACCACAGGGUAUCUCAUAACCCACCCGUGAACGCGCGUUUAGUGGGUGGUUAACUGGUGGUUUCCGAACUCGUAAUAAGUGUAAACUGGCAGAUAUGUGACGUUAGUCAGCACCGUGCCACGACCUCGCGCGACGUCAUCGUUUCGUACGGGUCGACAAGCGCGCACAGCCUUGUUGUAUAUCGUCUUCGCGUUAUGUGUGUGCGCGUGUGCGCGCGCGCAUGUGUCCAUGUGUGUGUGCGUGCGUUUUCAUAACUGUGAAUUCGAAGGUGUUUAGUUUCGAUUUUAGUCGUAAUUAAGUAAAAACCAAUGACUUUUAAUUAAUAUGUGUGUAUAUAUAAGUAUAUCGUGAAUUGAUUAAUUAAUCGCGUGCAGUGACUGGCGGUGCAGUUCGAAUCGUGCUGUCGUUGUAUUUGUACAAACGCUUGACAAUGUUGUGCAUUACACAACGUAUUGAUGUGCAUAUAUAUAAUAAUCGUAAUUUAUAUUAUUUACAAUAAGCGAAUUAUUUGCCAGACUCGAAUAACGUCUGUGAUUCCCGACAUUGAUAUACGAUAGUGCCUGAUUGUAGGCGGCAUCACGUGAGAACGAAUCGACUAAUAAAAGAAUACGUCGUUAUACAAACAAG